AUGACUAUGGCAAAGGGUGGCAACAAUAAUCAUCAACAACAAUCAUUUGAAGUUUCUGUUGAUGCUGCUGAUUCCAAGAUCAAAGGGAAAGCAGAAGAAGAAGAUCUCGAUGUCCACCAUCUCACGUUCCACCGACGAUGGACUGCCAACAUCACACCUCAAUCACCGGUACAAACUCCCGACGCAAACCAACAACUCCUUGCAGAUCCGGACCCCUCUGAUUCCGCUACACACAGUACCACCGUCGAUUCACCACCGCGUGGACGACCCUAUUUCGACGAACCCGCAUCACCGCCAUGCUCUAUUGUUGGUACCCAUCUUUUCUAA